UACACGUGCAACACUAGCAGCAGUGAGAGCAGACAGAGCACAGCACGUCUCCGGCUCACUCCAUAGGACUCCGCAUCUUCAACAGAACACAAUCCGCGCAGCCAAGGAAACACACCAAAACUUUGCCCCCCUAAUCACCGGACCCUGAGGGUGGGGUAAACACGCAGAGAAGAAGAAGAGCCGCGCCGCAAACAAAAGCACUCCUAUUGGCUUAGGUAUAAUGUAAAAUAAAUAUCAACUGCUGAAUUAUUUCGUUCACAUUACAAAUUCAAGAAGAUAAGUUGAACUCAUCGGCGUCUCCACGUUUUCAAUAAAAACCUUUUACGGUUGUUGAACACUGAGCGACUAGCAGCAAACUGAAGGACUGAAAUGGCAAUCACAUGGACAAUCAUUGUACUAGAUGGUGAAACACUGUACCCAAGAGCACCAGAUUCUACAUUUACCAUCUCUCAGAGACAUCAGACACAGAAAAUACCAACAACAACUUAUCAAAUCACAUUUGCUCCGAUUCCAGGUUCACGCAGACAUGACGAUGACAACACGACUAGCAUCUCUACUCCCAAAAUAGGGGAUUGGACUCCAGGAAUUUCUCACAACUUUGACUUGAGCAAUGCUACUGAGGGGAACAUCCUGUUUGAAGCCUGUAAAAUAUUGGGUCCAAAGAUGAAAGGUCAUUGUUCUGUGACCAUGAAGAUAGAAGGCAAACAAUUAAUUGCAACAUUUACAAUAAACGCUCAUCAUCAGAUCCCACAAAAACUCUACAAACCCCCAGUACAGGUGAAUAAUAUAAAUGAGGAGAAUAGAAGCAAAGGGUCAAUGCCAGAUACACUGAUUGCCAUUUUGGCUUCAUGUAGUGCACUGGUGCUCAUUCUGUGCUGCUUUGCUGCAUACUGUGCCUAUCACCGCAGAUCCUACAGAAAAAAUCAGCAACACCUGACGGAAGAGAUGCAAACAGUGGAGAAAGGUUACCAUGACAAUCCCGCAUUGGAGGUGAUUGAGGUACAGCCAGAGAUGCAAGAGAAGAAACGGGCAUUGAACGGAGAAUUCAACGACAGCUGGAUCGUCCCCAUAGACAACCUGCUGAGAGAGGACAUACCCGAUGAAGAAGACACCCACUUGUAAUGGCACAGAUGAGCUGUCAGGAGUAUGCAACGUGCUGUUCUCGCAAUGGUAGAUUGUGACCAGCCUGAAUGUAAGGAAAGCACAGAUUGCUGUAAAGAAUAUCAAAAGACCAUGGUUUCAUUUGGUGCCCAGAUGUGCAUGCUGUAAUUAGGUAGUUCAGUGCUGGCGAUUAAGGAAAACUUAAUGUCACACAGAAUACUCGCAAUUUAUCUAUGGAAAAGGGAAAAUUCUGAGUUAAAUACAUGCGAUCAAAGCACUGUGGCCUUUGCUUGUGCCUUAACCUUUAGCCUAUAUGGGUUUUUAUUCCUUCAACACACUUGGAUCAUAGCUCUGUUCCAAAACCACACAAAGAAACAUUUAAUUGUUUUCAUUCUCUCUAAAUUACAGAUUGUGUGUGAUGUACGAUUAGAGAGGAAUGCACAUUAUUUUGGCUUUAUAUAAUGUUUAUUUUUCAUGCUUCUUACCCAAUUGGUUUGCUUUCUGUUUAGGGAAGAUUUAAAACUCAUAGUCAACAAAUUACACUGUGACCAAUGGAUAAAUUAUCAUGGUUAAUUAAACUAAGGGCCAUCUUCAAGCAUGAGCACAAUAAAAUUGGCCUUGUGAAACUGUCUAACAAAUCCAUACAAGCCCUUUUCAGUAUUCUGAAAUUCUAUAUGCAUCCAUUCAGCAAACAAAUUCAAAGGCACCUUAAAGGGACAGGUUAACCCAAAAUGAAAAUUGUCAUCAUUUACUCAGUUUUUAUUUUUGGGUAAAUUAUCCCUUUAAAGUAGUAGAGGUCCUGAGGUAAGACUGAAUUUGCAAAAUUUGAGUGAAUCAUUAUCUUCCCUCUGUUCUGUUUGUGUAUUUGUGUUUGUAAUUGUGCUAGUGUGAACAGAUGCAUUUUUUGUUAACCAGAAACAUUCAGUGGCAAAUUCAAUUCAAACUCAAGUUUAUUAGGUGUAUUUACAGGUAUUAAAUCCACAUGUGUCUGUCAGUCUAUAAUCAGAUAUGUUUUUUGUUUUAGUACAGAGAUGUCAAAACCGGGGCCUGAAGGCCAAAGUUGACCCGUGAUGACCUUUUAUUUGGCCCAUCUUGUUAUACAGUCUAGAGGAAUAACUAUUUUUUUUAAUUUUUUUUAAAUGCCAUUGACACAGCUCUUCAUUGCAUUAGUUAAGCAGAUUCCAGAAUAACGUUUAUAUAUAUAUAUAUAUACUGAUCUGCCACAGCAUUAAAAUAAGUGACAGGUGAAGUGAAUAACAUCGAUUAUCUCAUUACAAUGGCACCGGUCAAGGGGUGGGAUAUAUUUGGCAGCAAGUGAACAUUUAGUUCUUGAAUUUCCUGUGUUGGAAGCAGAAAAUGGGCAAGCGUAAGAAUCUGAGUGAUUUUGAAAAGGACGAAAUGGUGAUGGCUAGAUGACUUGGUCAGAGCAUCUCCAAAACGGCAGGUCUUGUGGGAUGUUCCCGGUAUUCAGUGGUUAGUACCUGCCAAAAAGGUCAUGGUUCACUGAUGCUCGAGGAGCGAAGGCAGACUUAAUGCUGGCCGUGAUAGAAAGAUGUCAGAACACACAGUGCAUCGCAGAUUUCCGCAUAUGGGGCUGCGUAGCCGCAGACUGAUCAGAGUGCCAAUGCUGACCCCUGUCCACCGCCGAAAGUGCCUACAAUGGGCAGGUGAGCAUCAGAACUGGUCAAUGGAGUAAUGGAAGGUGGCCUGGUCUGAUGAAUCACAUAUUCUUUUAGAUCAUGUGGAUGACCGGGUGCGCGUGCAUCGUUAACCUGGGGAAGAGAUGGCAGCAGGAUGCACCAUGGGAAGAAGGCAGGCCGGCGGAGGCAGUAUAAUGGGAAACCUUGGGUCAUGACAUUUAUGUGGAUGUUACUUUGGCACAUACCACCUACCUAAAGAUUGUUGCAGACCACAUACACCCCUUCAUGGCAACGGUAUUCCCUGAUGGCAUUGGCUUUUUUCAGCAGGACAAUGCACCCUUGUUCAGGAAUGGUUUGAGGAAAAUAAAGUGUUCAAGGUGGCCUCCAAAUUCCCCAGAUCUCAGUCCGAUUGAGCAUCUAUGGGAUGUGCUGGACCAACCAGUCCAUUACAUGGAGGCCCCACAUCACAACUUACAGGACUUAAAGGAUCUACUUCUAACAUCUUGGUGCCAGACACCACAGGACACCUUCAGAGGUUGUGUGGAGUCCAUGCCUCGAAGGUUCAGAGCUGUUUUAGCGGCACGAGGGGGGACCUACACAAUAUUAGGCAGGUGGUUUUAAUGUUGUGACUGAUCGGUGUAUAAUAAAAAAAAAUAUAUAUAUAUAUGAGAGAGAGAGAGAGAGACACACCACUGUCAAAUUAUCAGUUUCUAUGGAUUUACUAUUUAAAAGGUAUGUGGUUUGAGUAAAAUGAAUUUUUUUUUUUCAUUCUAUAAAGUACUGACAACAUUUCUCCCAAAUUCCAAAUAAAAAUAUUGCCAUUUAGGGCAUUUAUUUGCAGAAAAUUAAUCUCAAAUAAUGCAAAGAAAACAUGUUCAU